CGUACUCUUAAAUCACUGCAAUUGAAUUUUUGGGGUGGGUCUGGGACAUCUCGAGGAUCACGGGGGAGUGAUAAAAAAAAAUCAUCAAUGUCAGUGAAAAAAAUUGAGCAGAAUGAAAAAACAAUUUUUCAACUGAGAAAUUGAAAAAUACAACUGAGGUGGGCUCGAACGUUUGCGCAUGCGUUUGAGCUAGUCAAAGAGGUUUUUCUCAUCUUUUUUUUUUCCUAGUUGUGUUGUACCAACCGGCAAUGAUGACGAUGAUGAGACCGACGACAGUGCACGGGACUUUGUCAAAUUGUCUGGAUGUUUGUCGGGAAUUUUUUUCACUGAUUUGAAGUGGAAAAAAAAAAUAUUUGCAAAAAAUUGAACUCAUGUUCGGAGGUUUUUUCACACGUGCGGUUGACGUUGCCGUGGGACUUUGGUUUUAUAACCGAGGACAUUUCGACUGAUUGAUCGAUUCGCUGGAAUUAAUCAGUUAAAAUUGCUAAUUGAUUUGCAGUUUUUUCGGUCUGUGACUGUUUUCGUUGUUUUUAUUGUUUAUUUAAUUUUGGGUUUUCGAGCCGAUUGAGGCUCCUGUCGAAGGACUAAGAACUUUUUUUUUGUGGGACGAACGGUCUGUCACGUGCGGCACGAAGCAAAAGUGAUUAGAGGGGGUUCUGAGAUUUUUUAGCGGUUUUCUGAGUUUUGGAGACUUUGGGAAGAUGAUCGGGCUGGCUGGUGUUGCACUGGCGUUUCUACUGGGACUCACUGGGACUCCUGGGGGGGAGGCCAGGAAGGUCGCACCACUCAUUGAGGACGAGUGGGCCAGGAGACCACAUCGGGCUGCCGAAUGCACCUUUGGAAAACAGAUUAGGGAGUUGGGUUCCACGUGGUACGCGGACCUGGGACCCCCCUUCGGGGUCAUGUACUGCAUAAAGUGUGAAUGCAUACCCAUACAAAAGAAGAGAAGAAUAAUAGCACGAGUGCAAUGUCGAAACAUAAAGAACGAGUGCCCGAAAUUAAUGUGCGAGGAGCCAGUAUUAUUACCCGGAAGAUGCUGUAAAUCGUGUCCAGGAGAUUACAGUGCUGAGAUUGUUCAGGAUUUGCCGAUUCAGCAGACUUUGGAGGAGGAGGAGAGGAGCUUAAAACAUUUUGCUACCCUGAUAAGCAGCAGAACGGCGCGCCACCUGCACGAUGACGCUACGGAACCAAAUCCCUCAAUCUCUUCGUACGUCGCCACCGGACGCUUCACGUUCCACCGCAAGAACCUCUACUACUCGUUCUACCUGGGUGCCUCGACCCCUCGCCCCAGAACUCUCCAGUUCAUCGACGACGAGGGAUCGAUUCUAGAAGAGCAAAUAAUUGAUCCUGUCGGCGGAACCUAUCAGAAUGCCACCGGAAAACUGUGCGGAGUGUGGAGACGAGUCCCGAGGGACUACCGGAAGAUCCUCCGGGAGGAGCAGUUGUUCGUCUCCCUGAUUUGGGAGAGUACAACCACCACCAUGAUGACGACGACCGUCACCUCGACGAUGUCCACCUCGUCGCUCACCGGUCAGCUGUCCAGAUACAAGGCUCUCUCAACCGAGCAGUUCUCCUCUCUUCUGGAACCGACGAUGGGAGUCGACAGGACCAUGAUGACCGGAUCGUCAGCCACCGCCAUCAUCUCCGUCAGCUCAACGUCAGCGCCCUCGAUCCACGUCUCCCUCGCCUUCAACGGCGUCUUCUUCCCUGAAGACAUCAUCGCUGUCCCACUGAUCGUCAUCAUCGAGCAUCUCGAAAAAGACUACACCCUUCUCAACGAAGAGAUCGUCAUCAAGAAACCGUCGAACGACAUCAACUUCGGGGAGGUGCGUUCCGCACUGUCGGGAGCGGACCUGCGUCUGCUGUCCCGGGGCAAGUUGUCUAUCACCAUCGCCUCGCGGAAGGACCCUCAAGCGUUGAGAUUGGCAGGGCCCAUUGGUCCGCGGGCCAGUUGCGACGUCUUUCAGGCCCUUCUCGCUCCGGAAUCAGGCACUGAAGGCUCGGGCCUGGCCUGGGCUUUCCUGGAUCGCUUCGGAGCCCUGCGGUACGGGAUGAAGCUCGCCGGAAUUGACGACGAAAACCCCCUGGUGACACUCGUUGAUGACGGCGGAAAGAGAAAGACGGAGCUUGAGGAUCUGACGCCAUCUUUGAUUGCGGGGACUAAUGGAAAUGGAACCCUGGAGCGACCGGGCCCUAGGUUACUGGAGCCUCUCUUCAAAGGGGAGUUGGGGGUCAUCGCGGCGUCGCCGUUGGGUUCCACCCUGAAGGGAAGACUCAUGCAGCGCCCUGUGGCGGAGGCCAAGGACACCUUGGCGCCAUUUUUGUUGAGGCCCGCUGGGAGCGGGGGCAAUGUCGGCCUGAUCUGGCUGGCGAUCGACGCCGAUUGCGUUCUCCAUUAUGAGCUAGAAGUCGGAGGACUUCCGGACGACCCCGAUGAUGACGAUGGCGACGAAAACGACGAGGCCACUCUUAGGUUGUACCUGGAGACAAUGCCCCUGCUGGCCCAGGGGGCCCCGGUCUCGCGAAGACUUCUUGAGGAGUUCAACGGAAACGUUCUCGAGGGAUCAGUCACCGGGCUCUCACCCAUCGAACUCUACAGGAUCGACUCGGGGAUCGGCUUCCUGGAGGUCAUGACGGUCAACAGGAAUGUCAGCACCAAAAUGCUGAAGGGCCAGUUCAAGACCCGGGCCCCGCUGAGCUGUCUUCCGCAUUACGCGGAUAAUGAUGUCGCUAGUGUGAUGGUUUAUAGUCUGCAUCCUUCGAGCGCGGAGAUUGAGACCGCCAGUUGCUUCCACGAGACGAGAUUCUAUGAGGAGGGCACCCAGUGGACCGCCAAGAGCGAUCCUUGUUUGAUGUGUCAUUGUCAUAGGGGGGUUGCCAAGUGUGAUGCGGUGCCCUGCCCACCCAUGAAUUGUCCGGCUCACAGGAGGGUCAAGGCACCUGCUGGCCAUUGUUGCCCAGUUUGUUUAGGGCCACAAGCCGACAACUCGACGACGACAACCCCCAGUUCCCUCGCGAUCACUCCCGGACCCAAAACCGUGGGAGAAACCAACAAUGUGGGUUCCUUCAAGGGCUGCACCCUAGCCGGACAGUUCCACAUUGCCGGUGCCUCAUGGCACCCCUACCUACCCCCUUCAGGCUUCGACACCUGCGCCAUAUGCACCUGUGACCCCGUGAGCCUUGAAGUUCGCUGUCCCCGGGUGCAGUGUCCCACCCUGGACUGCGAUGAAAAAAUAGCAGUUCGACCGGACAAGAAGGCGUGCUGCAGGCAGUGCCCAGUGGUCAGCGUCAUCCCGAUAGGUGGUACCAACCCACCAACAACAAAUCCAGGCGUUGAAGGAUCCUUACCCAAGGAUCAAGCCAUCUCCCUGCACUUGUACUCGUCCAAGCGCACACCCGAGGAGAUUCUAGCCAACGGAGGAUGCAAAUAUCCGAUGGGAGGCCCUUACGAAAACGGAAAAGAAUGGCACCCCAAAAUCCAUUCUCAUGGGGAGAUCAAAUGCGUCAAGUGUCGAUGCAAGAACGGCGAAGUGAGAUGCGACCGGAAACGCUGUCCCAGGUCCCUCUGCAACUCAAUAGCAAGCCAAUUGAAACGCGGCGAGCGUAUUGCGGAUGCUGAUGACUGCUGCACCAGCCAGUGUAGACGUGCACGUAGACACCAUCGUAAUCAUCGCAAUAGCCAUCAUCAUCAUCAACAGACACGUCACCACGCAUCAUCCAAGAACCCUAAGCACUCAGUGACACCACGUGAUCUCAGCUGAGCACGUUGACAGGUUCAAAAUUGAUGCGAUGGUUUUUUUAUUUCUUGCGUAUCUUUUUGUUUUGCGGAGAAAAUAAUAAUUCCAAGGCUGUCUGUGUCAUUUUCCUUAAUGGAAAUUGAUUUUGAAAAAAGGAACAUGUUAUCGCCUUCCUGUUUUGGCUGGAAGGAAAUGCGUAUAAAAAUCAAUUUUUAUAAACCCUAAUUGAGCUGAAUUGAUGCUAUUCAGCUGUUUAAGGGAAUGAUGAUAGAUUGUUGCGUGUGGUAAUAUUUAUGGUGAUUAUUAUUUUUUUCAAUUCUGGGGUUUGAGGGGAAUGAGGAGAUAGUCAGAGAGACAUUUCCGGUUUAUUUCUCUGGUUUUGAAUCAAUUUUCACCCGAGGUUUUGCUUCUUCUUGGUGUUGGGUAACUGAUGGGGGCAAAAGGGGUUCAAAACCAGGGCUCGGGAUCGGAAAUUUUCCUGGCUUUCCAGUGAUACCCGUUGAAUCCCCCCCAUCCCCAUCUCUUCAGGGGCUUGAGAUAUUGAGGAAAUGCGAGAGGUUGCUGUUUUCGGCGGGAAAGCGUUCUGGGGUUUUUGAGGUUAUGGAGAGAUGGGGGAUGAUUCAUCAGCGAGACAUCUGGCGAGUCACGGAGAAAAUGAUUUUUUCCUCGUUCCAAUUAAGCACUGAGUUGCCUUCAUCUUCCAUUCGGUUAACCGAGACUGCAUAUUUUUUUUUUGUUAAUUUUCAUCAAUUGGAUUCUAUUGAAGGGUCUGUUUAUAUUAAUUCAAGUGUAGAAAAUUGAAGGGAAGUCGUGGGACAUCGGGAAGGGAAAGGGUUGUGAUGAUUAAUUGAUGAAAAUUAUUUUUUUGAUCAAUAGAAUUUUUCGAAAAUCUCAAAAAUUUUAA